AUGGUUCUCGCCGACAGGGACGUCAACGCUCCGGUUGAGCAGCCGCAGCAAGCUGCCAAGGAUGUUAAGAGCAUGGAAUACCAUCGGCAGGUGUUUCACUCCAAGAUGGCUACUGAGCCGACCAAGCAAUAUGUCUCUCCCUCGGAUAACAUCAUGAGCCCUUGCACGGCAAAGAUUAACGCGUUGCGAAACAAGCACGCUAGCAAAGCCAAGCCCAAGUCGUUGUUUGCUCAGGCGAGCGCUAAGAAACUCACCGGCGACAAUGCUCUGGGCGCAAGAUCCAUCCAGCAGUAG